AUAAUGAGUACAUUAGGGAAAUUAAUCCGAAUAAUUGUGUCUUUUUGUAGCGAGUCUAUGCGGAUUAGCACCGUAUCAAGCAUAGGUUGGGACGUUUCAAUAGGUCACCAAAUCACAUUAGGUGGCAACCAACCAUUGAAAGACACCAAAUCCCUCUUUACAAUUCUCAUUUUUCCCACUAUAUAUAUAAAUCACUAACUAUGUCCCUCUCACUCAAAACUCCACUAUAAAAAAACACAACACUAAAACAAACACACAGCUUUUUCCUUUACCCAAACAAUAACAAUAACAAUGGUUGCAACACAAAACAAACCCCAAGAAGAAGCACCCAUCCAUGGCGAUGUUUUAGAAUCCAUAUUCUCGCACGUGCCACUCAUCGAACUUAUUCCCUCUUGCCACGUGUCAACAGCUUGGAACCGUGCGGUUUCUUCAUCACUCAACCACGUCAGACGCAUAAAACCAUGGCUCAUAAUUCUCACCCAGACCACACGCGUCUCGCGCGUGAUAACUUCGCACGCUUACGACCCUCGCUCGCACGCGUGGCUUAAGAUAAUUAAACACCAACCGUUGAUCAACAAAACUCGCGAAAUCUCCGCCGUUAGAACGUCUCACUCAACGCUUCUCUACACGAUAUCUCCGUCGGAAUUUACUUUUUCACUUGACGCACUUCAUCUUGAUUGGCACCAAGCGCCUUCUCCACGCGUGUGGCGCACGGAUCCAAUAGUUGCUAAAGUCGGAACGCGCGUGGUUGUUGCUGGCGGCGCGUGUGAAUUCGAGGAUGAUCCGCUUGCUGUUGAAUUGUACGACAUGGAGAGCCGUGCCUGGGUCACGUGUAAAUCAAUGCCGGCAAUGCUGAAGAGCGCGUCGGCCUCCACGUGGAUUUCAGUUACCGUCGUCGGAGAAAAUAUGCUCGUGACGGAGAAGAAUUCCGGCGUGACUUACUCGUUCAAUACCAUUACGAUGACAUGGGAAGGACCUUACGAUCUGCGUCCCGAUCGGAGCGUUUUCUACUGCGUCACCGGAGUGUUGUCGGGGAAAUUGGCGGUGGCCGGAUUAGUUGGUGAAGCGGGGGAUGUGAGAGACGUGAAACUGUGGGCAGUUAAAGGGGAAUUAGGUUCGGGAAUGGAAGAAAUCGGUUCGAUGCCGAAGGAGAUGGUGGAGAAGCUGAAAGGUGGUUCGGAGUUUGGUUCGGUUGAAGUGGUUUGGGUUGGGGAUUUUGUUUUCUUGCGCAACACGUUGGUACCUGAAGAAUUGGUUGUGUGUGAAGUUUUGGAUGGGAAUUUGUGUGAGUGGAAGAGUGUGAUGAACGCGGCGGUGAACGGCGGAACGAGGAUGGUGUUUUGCGGCGGUGACGUGCAAAUGGAGGAUCUGCAGAGAGCAGUUUUGUCGGAGAAAAGGACAUUUUGCAUGAAAUAGAUGUGAAUGUGAAUGAAUGGGUUACCUAAACUUUUAUUUUUAUGGAAAUUAUUUGUUGUCUUUGAAAACUAAAUUAUAGUUUGUGGAUAAUAUCCCAAUUUAUUAAAAUAAACCAAACGUGUAUUAUUCUACGUACGAGGUUGAUUUUAAUUGACUGUGCUAUUUUAUCCACAAAAUCUAUACCUCACAUUUAUUUUAAGAUUA